AUGGUGGCGUCGAUACCGGAAUGGCGCGAGAAGCACCCGGCGGACAUGUCGUACGCCGCGACCUACUCCGACGCCUACCCCGACCUCCCUCAGGGCGCCGUCUCCGACGCCACCGCUCGCAGGCUCCGUCGGAAGAUCCGCGCGGCGCGACGCGCGGAGAGAAACGGUCCAGCCGCUCCGGUACCCGAGCGAACCACUGAGCCGGUGAACUGGCCGGCGGUGAGGGACUUUAAGGAGGCGGAGCGCGCGCACGAGACCAGGGACGACGUCUACAGGGCGGACCACGCGGGUACGCACGCGCUCGCGCCCCGAACGGCUCGAACUCGACGACGGCGACCCGACGCGGUGCCCACCCCGAGGAUGUGCCGAAACUUUGACCACUCCCGCCUCCGCCUCCGCCCCGACCUCCGCCCCGACCUCGGCCCUGACCCUCCGCCCCGAGUUGACGCCUCCCACCAAAACAAUCCGCGUCUAUGUACAGGUCGAUGGGAGCGGCGCCAUCACGUCGCGCCGCGCGAGGACCUCGCCAACGCCCCCAAGUACACCGACGAGAGGCACGGAUUCCUGAACCGGUGGCAGGCGAGAGCCGGGUUCGGCGACGGCGGCCGAGGGGUGGCGGAAUGGACCGCGGAAAACCUGGCGAACAUGUCGCUGAUGCACAGCGGUCGGUGGCAGCGCAGGAGCGGGGCGAGGCUGGCGACGGAGUUCAUGCCCGCGCGCGCGUACGCGGGGUACGGCAGGAACAGGGGCGACUUCGUGCCGGUGGACCCCAAGGAUUAUCCCACGCUGGAGAGGGAGAUGGAGGAGGAACGGGCGAGAAACGCGGACUUUGACCCGGACGCGCCGUACGUGGAGAAGGACCCGAACUUCAUGAACCCCGCCGAGCUCAAAUCGGACCGGGUACGGCGCUUGGCGGAGUACGAGCGCGAGCUGUCGGCGCUGGAAUCCCGGGCGGGACUCAACGCCACGACGAGGGUACACAGCGACUCGGUUCUGCCGCCAAAGACGGGCAAACCCAGGCCCGACGCGGACACGCCGUGCUGGGCGGAUCCGGCGCAUGUCGAGAGGGAGACGUCGGCCGAGCGGUGGGGAUCGAGGGCGCGAGAGCGCGAUGCGUCCGGGUCCGCGGCGGACGACGACGCGUUGAAAGGUGACGCGUUGAAAGGUGACGCGUUGAAAGGCGACGAUAGGUUCAAAGGCGAGGCGGUCGAGGAUGACGUCCCGCCGAUGUGCGGGCAUCACGCUCGGUGGAAACCCGAGCUACACCGCGCGGAGCAGCACGAGCUGUUCGUCGCCAGGCCCCUCAGGGCGACCGGCGCGGACGUGGCCAAGGGGGAGAUGUACGGCCGGGAGGUUGACCCGGUCAAGGUGCCCAACGAGAAGGAGGUCCUGGCGGAGAUUGGCCGGCACGAGGUUCGACUGGACGAGAACUUCCCCGGGCGCGACCCGCUGCAUCUGCCUCCGCUGAACGUGCAGCAGAGGCUGGAAAAGAAGGCGACGAUCGCGCGAGAGCACAGGGAGGACCGGAGCGUGCCUUGCGGAACGUGCGGAGUCGAGAGGCCGGCGCAGGUGAAGUUCAGGGACUCGAGGGUCAAACCCGGGAGGCGCGUUUGCCACGAUUGCUUCGCCAAGGAGGAGUUCAAGGCGGCGAGGUCGAGGAAGAUCCAGCACCAGAAGGCGCAGAGCGUCGAGGGGUACCGCCGCGUGCGCCUCGAGCGCGUCCACCUCGCGGACGUGCCUUGCGCUGGACCAAACGAGAACUACAGAGCCGCGCGGGGGCACUGCGGCGAGUACACGCGCGUGCUCACCGCGACGCUCUGCACGGUCGCCGAUGGGCUCGACCGGCUCGUGCCCAUCGUCGCGUCCGCGACGGUCUCGCCGCUGCUCGCCGAGAGCAACAGGUCCGACAACGACGACGUCGCGCGCCUGGAGGAGUACCACGACGACGAGUUCGUCGACGAGUUGGACGCGUUCGGGGCUGGGGACUCCCCCGACGCGAACGCCCGCGAACCCCUCCACGCGGCGUACCGAUACCUCCGCAACUGCCUUCACCCGGCGAGGCACCCCGACGUCGUGCGCGCGCGCCGGAUAAGGUCCAAACGCCCUCGGGACUUUGAGGGGUCCCCUUCGCUGGACGCCUUCGUCGAGGCGUUGGGAAGAGCGGGUUUGUCGCCGGAGAUGAUCCGAGCCAAGUUCGGAAGCGACCACGUCGGCCACCACUACGUCGACGACUGGGGCGGAGGUCUCUACGACCCCCUGGAGCUUCACGACGUGCUCGACGGCGGGCGGCGUCGCACGUACGAGGAACACUCCGACGGGUACUGGGCGCUGUGGGGCUCGGUGGAGACUGAAACGCUCGACGCCAUCGAGCACUUUGACCGAUGCUUCUACGGGUACGACGUGUCCGAGGUGCCCGCGCCGACCGCGCCGCCCCCGCUGAGCGAGCUUCGCGUGGCGCCGCGGGUCGUGGACGACCUCGUGAGUUCGCUCGCGGACGACGCGAACGCGUUUAGUGGGGUCCACGUUCGCGUCGAGACGUGUCCGGAGACGUGUCCGGGUUACGAGGCGAGGAUGUGGGGUUGGUGGCCGGUCGAAACUGGCGACGGGGAAGAAUCCGUCCUGACCGAGAUCGAGCUUAUGCCGCUGUCGUCGCAUUCGUCGCAUUCGCCGCCGUCGUUGUCGUCGUCGCAUUCGUCGUCCACCGCCGGCUCGCGCGCGCGAGGCGCCGAGGGGAUCCUGAGUCUCUGCGCGGCGGCGAAGCACGGUUUGCCGGUGUACGCAUCCGCCGAGGUGAUCGAUACGCUCAGCGUCCACUCGCUGGGCUGGAAACCCUCGUUCACGACGAGCUCCGCGGGGUACGACGCCGAGUACGGCGCGAGUUACGGCGCGGACAGGAGGUACCGCGGGUUCUUUUACACGCCGGAGAACGGUGACGACCUGGCUGACCCUCGCCUGUUUGACGUUUUCCUGAGGUUUUUACGCAAUCAGUUUGGCGGCGGCGGCGGCGGCGGGAGGGUGCUCCGCCUACCCUCGGUCCCGCACGGCGACACCGAGGGUCCCUCCACCGCCGCUCGCCGCCCGUCUACUCCCCCGAACCUCGCCGACGCCUUGCUCAAGGGCCCAGCCGCCUUUUUCGCCGAGAUCAUCAAGACGUGGUCGACGUGGCGGCACAGGUGGCACGGCUUCGGUGACCACGGCGACGUGACCGCCUCACCCGCGCUCUCGUCGCAGACGGGCAAGUUCGGGACGCUCGCGCGCGACGCGGAGAGGCGAGCGAGACGUCCACCGUCGUCAGCCACCAGGUUCGCCCUGGACGGCACGAUCGCCGACCAAGCGGCGCUGGCGGUUCUCCUGUGGCGAAUGCGACUGAUCGACGCCGCCGUCGACGACCGCGAGGCUGGUCUGGACCCUAACCUUCGCCUGUCUCGGCUGACGGACGCUGCCAACGAUCGACACGGGGGAUUCGACCCCCGCGCGCGCUCGGCGCUCGCCGUGAUGCGCAUGGAGGUGGCGCUGAUGACGCUAACGGAGCUCGAGAAGGCGCGCGGGGGGUUGAUCGAGGCGUUGAACAAGACGCUGAGACGCAUCGACGCCGUGUCUCUGUCGCCGGCGGCGGCGCUCGACGCUGCGGUUGACGCGACGGUUGAAUCGCCGUCGACCGCGUCUCUCGGGCUGCAGCUGGCGGCCAUGGACGGGCGAUGGGAGGAGUGCGCGAGGUGGAGGGACGUUUUGGGGGCGAUGAACGCGCCGUGCGUCGAUUACACGGCGGUGUUUGGCGACGAGACGGGUGACAAAGGUGGCGAGCCCGCGGAUGGAAGGGGAUGA